AUGUCUGCGCCCGAUCCACAGCCGCAGGCAGUUGUCGUGGGCGACGAAAAGCUCCAGGCGGCCGAUAGUUCUAGAUCGGCGUCUGGAGAUGAAGCCAAGGCCCCCGAUGUGGUUCUGCAGCCCCCCACGCCCAAGAAGAAAUGGCAUCAACGCUUGAAUCCCUUACGUUGGCAGACCCCGCCGCCUGUACCGGAGGAGCGCACGCAUUCGAGGGAGUAUGGGGCUUCGUUUUUGAGUGUUGUUACCUUUCAAUGGAUGUCGCCUUUGAUGAGGGUCGGAUAUUUGCGACCACUCGAUUUGCAGGACAUCUGGACGGUUAAUCCCAACCGUACCGUCGACGUAUUAUCAGAUCGCCUAGACACUGCGUUGGAAGAUCGCAUCGCGCGCGGAACUAAGCGCGCCCUCGUCUGGGCUUUAUACGACACCUUUCGCUUUGAAUUUAUUCUCGGUGCUGUCUGCCAGUUUUUCAGUUCGCUGUUGCUGGUGUUUGCGCCUUACUUGACCCGGUACUUGAUCGCGUAUGCGACGGAGGCUUAUGCCGCUCAGCAUAGCGGUCGCCCGGAACCGCAUAUCGGGCGUGGUAUGGGUUUCGUCGUGGGUAUUACCUGCAUGCAGGCCUUGCAGAGUCUAUGUACGAAUCAGUUCCUUUAUCGGGGUCAGAUGGUUGGUGGGCAGAUCCGUGCUGUCCUGAUUUCUCAGGUUUUCAAUAAGGCUAUGAAGUUGUCUGGUCGUGCCAAGGCCGGUGGACAGGCGACGGCGGAGGAAGUUAAAGCUUUGGAGGCUACCAAGGAAGCUUUGAUGAAGCAGGAUGGCAAGGGGAAGAGUCAGGACCCUAAGGCUGCUGCGGCGGCGACUUCUCCCGCCGGUGUUGCUGGUGAUGGUCGCGGAUGGAAUAAUGGCCGCAUCAUCGCUUUGAUGAGUAUCGACGUGGAUCGCAUCAAUCUGGCAAUGGGCAUGUUCCACAUGAUCUGGUCUGCUCCGAUCACCAUCAUCGUGACUCUGGUUCUGCUGAUUGUCAACAUUGGCUACAGCUGUCUCUCCGGCUACGCUCUGUUGGUUUUCGGUAUGCCAUUCUUGACCUACGCCGUGCGAUUCCUGAUCAAGAGACGACGAAACAUCAACAAGAUCACCGAUCAGCGAGUCUCUCUUACUCAGGAGAUUCUGCAGGCCGUUCGAUUUGUCAAAUUCUUCGGUUGGGAGAGUAGUUUCCUCAAUCGUUUGAAGGAGAUCCGGAAACGGGAGAUUCGCUCUAUUCAGACGCUUCUGGCUGUUCGAAAUGGUAUUCUCUGUGUGUCCAUGUCGAUUCCAAUUUUCGCUUCGAUGCUUGCUUUCAUCACCUACGCUUUGUCAAAGCAUGAGUUGAACCCGGCUCCGAUUUUCUCAUCGCUCGCUCUGUUCAACUCGCUGCGGAUGCCGCUGAAUAUGAUGCCACUCGUCAUCGGACAAGUCACGGAUGCAUGGACUGCUCUCAACCGGAUUCAGGAGUUCUUGUUGGCUGAAGAGCAGAAGGAAGACAUUGAAAAGGAUGAGACCAUGUCGGAUGCCAUCGAAAUCGAAAACGCAUCUUUCACCUGGGAGCGUUUACCCACUGACGAGAAGGAGGGGAGUAAAGACCAGAAGAAACCCGCGAAAGGCCCUGAAUCUACUGCCCUGACUUCCCCCGACGAAAAGGAAAACGCAGAUUCGGUUCCCCUGGAGCCGUUCAAGCUCAAGAAUGUCACCCUAGAGGUCGGACGAAACGAGCUGCUCGCGGUCAUCGGAACCGUUGGCUGUGGCAAGAGUUCUCUGCUUUCUGCACUGGCUGGCGAUAUGCGCGUGACUGAUGGCAAGGUUCGCAUGAGUACGACACGAUCAUUCUGCCCACAGUACGCCUGGAUCCAAAACGCCACCGUGCGCAACAACAUUCUGUUUGGAAAGGAGUACGAUGAGUCCUGGUACGAAAAAGUCAUCGAUGCCUGUGCUCUGGCUCCAGAUUUGGAGAUUCUUCCUAAUGGCGACUCGACUGAAAUUGGAGAGCGUGGUAUUACUGUAUCUGGUGGUCAGAAGCAACGUUUGAAUAUCGCUCGUGCUAUUUAUUUCAAUGCAGAGCUCGUGCUUAUGGACGAUCCUUUGUCGGCUGUGGACGCUCACGUUGGACGUCAUAUCAUGGACAAGGCGAUUUGCGGUCUUCUCAAGGAUCGCUGCAGAAUUCUGGCAACUCAUCAGCUCCAUGUUCUCAGCCGUUGUGAUAGAAUUGUUGUUAUGGAAGAGGGUCGCAUCCACGCUGUCGAUACCUUCGACAACCUGAUGCGUGAUAAUGAGCUUUUUAAGCGACUCAUGUCUACUUCUGGACAGGAAGACUCGAAGGAGGAGGAGGAGGAGGCUGAGGCUGCAGAUGAGGUUGCCGACGCAUCUAACGAGAAGGCCGCAACCAAAAAGGUUGCACCAGGUAAGCCUGCUGCUGCUCUGAUGCAGCAGGAAGAAAAGGCGACUGCAUCUGUUGGAUGGAGUGUGUGGAAGGCAUACAUCCGUGCAUCGGGCAGCUACUUCAACGCUGUGAUGGUAUUCAUUCUUCUCGGUCUUGCGAACGUCGCCAACAUCUGGACAAGUCUGUGGCUUUCAUACUGGACAUCUGACAAGUACCCGAGUCUAUCGACCGGCCAGUACAUUGGUGUUUAUGCCGGGCUUGGUGGCAUGGUUGUCUUGUUGAUGUUCGUUUUCUCGACUUAUAUGACGACUUGUGGAACCAAUGCUAGUCGCACUAUGCUUCAGCGUGCGAUGACCCGUGUCCUGCGUGCGCCAAUGUCAUUCUUCGACACAACACCUCUAGGCCGAAUCACCAAUCGCUUCUCAAAGGAUAUUCAGGUCAUGGAUAAUGAACUCUCUGACGCGAUGCGUAUUUACGCUUUGACAAUGACUAUGAUCAUCUCGGUUAUGGUAUUGAUUAUUGUCUUUUUCUACUACUUUGUCAUCGCUCUUGUUCCAUUGUUCAUCCUCUUCCUGCUUGCGUCAAACUACUACCGCGCCUCUGCACGAGAGAUGAAGCGCCACGAAGCAGUCCUGCGAUCAAUCGUCUACGCGAAAUUCGGUGAAGCCAUCACCGGUACAGCCUGCAUUCGCGCGUACGGUGUCGAGAACCAAUUCCGCAAGAGCAUUCGAAAUUCCAUCGAUACCAUGAACGGCGCCUAUUUCCUUACCUUCUCUAAUCAACGCUGGCUCAGUGUGCGUCUCGAUGCCGUAGCUACGGCACUCGUGUUCGUGACUGGUGUUCUGGUCGUUACCUCUCGAUUUAAUGUCUCCCCCAGUAUCUCCGGGUUGGUUCUGUCUUAUAUUCUUGCCAUCGCGCAGAUGCUGCAAUUCACUGUUCGCCAACUUGCCGAGGUCGAGAAUAACAUGAACGCCACGGAGCGUGUGCAUUAUUAUGGAACCGAACUUGAGGAGGAGGCGCCUCUGCACAGGGUCGAGGUGGAUGCUAGCUGGCCUGAGAAGGGUCAUAUUGUCUUUGAUAACACGCAGAUGCGGUAUCGCGAUGGCCUUCCUCUCGUCCUGAAGGGCCUGACCAUGGACGUCCAAGGAGGCGAGCGCAUUGGUAUCGUUGGACGGACGGGUGCCGGAAAAUCCAGUAUCAUGUCUGCGCUGUUCCGUCUCACCGAACUCUCCGGUGGUUCUAUCCAUAUCGACGGUAUCGACAUUUCCACUGUCGGUCUGCAUGACCUGCGAUCUCGAUUGGCAAUUAUCCCGCAAGAUCCCGCUCUCUUCAAGGGCACUAUUCGCUCGAACCUUGACCCCUUCAACGAGCACACCGAUCUAGAGUUAUGGACUGCCCUGCGCAAGGCAUACCUGAUUGCAUCCCCGGCACUGGCACCACGACCCCCCCUCACCGGCAGCGAUUCCAAGCCCCGCCCCACAAAUCGCCUGACACUGGAAUCCGCCGUCGACGAAGAAGGUCUGAACUUCUCCCUCGGUCAGCGCCAGCUCAUGGCCCUUGCCCGCGCACUCGUGCGUGAUGCUCGUAUCAUCGUCUGCGACGAAGCAACCUCAUCCGUUGACUUUGAGACCGAUCAGAAGAUCCAGCAUACGAUGGCGCAGGGCUUCGAAGGAAAGACUCUGCUGUGUAUUGCGCACCGGCUGCGCACGAUCAUUCACUACGAUCGCAUUUGCGUAAUGGAUCAGGGUAGCAUUGCGGAGAUGGACUCUCCACUUGCGCUUUGGGAUCGGGAAGAUGGUAUCUUCCGCGCUAUGUGUGACCGCAGUGGUAUCACCAGAGAGGAUAUCCUGGGGUCGGAUUGA